AUGAGGUUAUCUAGCAGCAGCCAUCAUCACGAGCUACUUCAGCUGGUCGAUGUGGAGGAAGACGAUAGCUGGGAGGACACGCAGGAUGAGUCAGCGAUAAGCGACCCGCACGCAAAUAUCAAGGCGCUGUUUCUUCUGGUGCACAGAGUCGAAAUCCUGUUUGUGCUUUGUACAUUGCUAAGUGGAAAGCGGAAAUUGCAGGUGCAGGAUAAGUUAUACAGCUUGGGUAUCGUGGAGACGUUGUCACAGGCCUUUGAGUGGCUGAACUGGAGUGACACGACAGUCUCUUUGUAUCAAGAAAGAAUGCAUGGCCCUGGUUGUGAGUGCAACCCAGAGUCAGCCUUGCGUAUACAAUUCUUACGAUUGAUACACAACCUGUGCGACCGGGAAAAUGACUUUACAAGGGUGAAAGACCAGAUGCUUUCCGCGCAAGAGCUGGAAUCUGUUCAAGAAUAUGCCAAGGCCAACCCUUGCGAUCCUGACAAUUCUAAUAGAGGUCUCAUCACCAAAGUCUUACUGGUGUUUAUGAACGAGAAGCCCGACUCUACCUACAGGUUCUGGCUAGCUUCCUGUGUAGAGGCCUUCUUGCGAGGUUCCGACGCACGAGCCCAGGUUUUCAUGGCGAAGAUGGGAUUGCUGGACCAUCUGGUUGAUGGAAUUUUGAACUUUCAGAUUUCUGGCAAUUUGCAAACCAACUUUGACUUGCUUGGCGAGUUGGUCAAGUACAACCCGGAAGUUUUCCUCAUGUUCAGUCAAACUGUUGAUGAUGCGAAGUACAAGGUAUUCAUGCAGGUCGUGGUUUCAAAUUUGGUUGAUUCCAAUGUAUUCAUUCGAGCUGUCGUGCUGUCUCUGGAGUUCUUUUCAUUCCGAUGUCGGGAGCUUGCUGCGCUCGGAAGUCGUUAUGACAUGGAGUCUUGCAAACUGCACAAAUUCUUGAAGCAUAAUACUCUCCGGCUCCUCAAGGAUUUGAUGACAGUGAUCACUGUCGAAGAUAUCAAUCAAGAGAACAUCUGCUGUCUCAACACAGCAUUGUCGCUCUUCAUAUUUGUCCGACUCCAUGGCCGACUAAACGAUUAUAUCACGGCGAUCAGAAACUGGGAAAUCACUCACAACAAGGUUGGCUUCGUGACCAGCAACUUUCUAGCGCUUCUCAAGUUCUGGUUAGAGUACUAUCUAUACAGGGGCAAAGACUGCCUGUCGCUGGAGUUGUCUUCCAACAUUCGCUUCAGCGUCUGGCGAACGACUGUAAAUGAACUCUUAGAGCAGCAUGUGUCAAAGUUCUGUAUAUGAAGAAUCGUCUGAUCACAGC